AUGGCCCCCGCUCAUCGUCGAGGACCCUGGGUCCCCGAAGAAGACCAGUUGCUCCUUCAGUUGGUUCGCGAACAAGGCCCCAACAACUGGGUGCGCAUCUCACAGCACAUGCACUACCGCUCGCCCAAGCAAUGCCGUGAACGCUUCCACCAGAACCUCAAGCCCUCGUUAAACCGCGAACCGAUCUCCGCCGAGGAGGGUCUCCUGAUUGAGCGCAUGGUGAACGAGAUGGGCAAGCGUUGGGCCGAAAUCGCCCGCCGCCUGGGCAACCGCAGCGACAACGCCGUCAAGAACUGGUGGAAUGGCAGCAUGAACCGCAAGCGACGAGGCCUGCCCGCCAGCACCAGCACCAGCACCAGCUCCCCCUCGCGCACCUACCACGGCCGCAUCGAGCCGCCCUACGCCCGCGCCUCCCUCUCGCUGAGCAGCCCGACCAGCCGGUCGUCGCGCUUCUCCAUCUCCCACGACCGCCCCCUCACAGCCUGGACGACCAAGUCGUCGUCCUCCCGCCGCGACUCGUGCUCCACCGCCUCCGUCGACGGCCCCCGUCAACUCACCCCCAUCUACACCCUGCCGGCGCUGAACCGCCCGCUGGACACCCCGCUGACCUCGCCCGCCUUCUCCGACGCCUCCAACCUGGAGCCCCCGUCCAUGGUCUCCGAUCACAACUCGGUCUCGUCGGCCUCGCCGCGCACCGUCGCCUCGCCGCAGCUCCUGCCGCUCCCCGUCGACACCCGGCCCCAGUACGGCGAGUUCCGUCGCCAGGGCUCCUCGGACGAUAUCUACGUCGCCAGCGCAUCAUACCCCGCGCCCAAGCCCCUGGAACCCCUGGCCGAUCCAUCACCGUCGCGAUGGAUGGCCGAGGCGCCGUCGUGGAGCCAUCCCGCGUACGCACAGCCGUGGAUCGAAGAAUCUCGACCCGAGAUCAAGGCCGAGUCCACGCGCGAUUCCCGCAUGGGCCUGGACAACCUCCUGAACUAA